GCCGCAAAGCGAGGCUCGUCAGCCAAUGAAACUUCACCAGGAAGGUUACGGAUCGUGACCCGGAUGUUGCGUAUGUCCGCAGCUGCGCCAACGUGCGCACGAUAAAGCACCCAGAAGCCAAGGAGCAGCGCAGUCAUGUGGCCUCUAAUUUGGAUGGCGGCGCGGACCUACGGCCCCUACGUCACCUUCCCUGUGGCCUUCGUGGUGGGGGCAGUGGGCUACCACCUGGAGUGGUUCAUCAGGGGGACCCCAAAACCCCGAGAGGUGAAGAGCAUCCUGGAGAUGAGGGAGGACAGGAAGCUGCAAGAGCAAGAGGGUACGGACAGCACCCAGGUGCUUAGCCUGAAAGAGAAACUGGAGUUCACGCCGAGAGCCGCCCUGAACAGGAACCGACCCGAGAAGAGCUAACCCGGGUUGCUGUGAGGGACGCGCACUGACCGGCAGGAGUGCAUUGGGGGCCACGGGGUGACACAGAGGGAGAAAACACCUAAGAUACUAUGAUUAAAACGCUGUAAACGUUUGAACAGAUGACGGGGUUUGGUGUGAAUCUGUUUUAUGUACAGUUGUGUUAUUCCUCCACACAUGUGUUGUGUCUCUGCUGUUAAAAUCACACACAAAUAAUGCAUGAGAUGUCAAAGAUGCAAAUAAUAUUCAUGUGCCAAGCCAGUUAAAAAAGUUCUUCUCCUUUUAAUCAUAUCUGGGUUUUGUGAACAUAAAGGCGACGGAAGAGAGGCGAGACGGGUCUUUGUUGGAGUUCGUUUUUUUAUCUUGUGUAACCGUUUGAUGGUAUGUGACAAAAAAAGCCAACAGCGUGGGAGGUCUCUCAGGAGGUUUAAGCUGCUUAAAGUCCUAUUAGCUGGAAAAUAUACACAAUGCUUUUAUUUUAGAAAGUCUGGAUGAUUUUGCACAUCGAUCAUUAUAAUUGUGUUGACCGAAGGAAAAAUGAAUAAAGGUAUGUGUGUUUGCUGAAA